AACCUUGUUAUUCGGGAAUGGCUAUUGGUGAAUUAUUAUAAUAUGCAUACUUUUAGGAACAUGGUUAUAUCUUAAGGAUAUCAGAAACCAGAAAAGAAUUCAUUCACUAGAAAUGGUAGGGCACAGUGGAGAAAUGCUGAUGAGGCCACCGUUAUCACCUCACCAUUCUCAAUCAAUACAGCAAGAUUUUCCAGCUUUUAUUCCGCCCAGAAAACGACAAGCUGGAAAGAAAAUGGCACUCAACAACCACGUAGAUCAUAUUGUGAAUUUACAGGGAAAUAGAAAAGACUGGGAUUUAUCUUCGGAAAAUGAUAAUAUACAAAAAAAUAAACGAUGGAAUAGUGAAGAAAUAAUCGAAAUUAAUUGUAAAUUAGGCGGACAGAUAGAAGGUAUAGAUGAGCACGAUGACCUGAAUGAAUUGCAACAGUUUCAUCCAUUAAAAGAAAGUUCAACCGUUACACCAAGUAGUAUUUCGGAGAGUAGUCUAGAUAGAAAAUCUAGUAAAUCUCAUGAAUUACUUACGAGCAGCACUAAGAGAUCGAAAAAACGAGUAAAUAUAAGAACCGACAUUGAUGAAAUUAGUAAUCACCAAUCGACAUCUGCUAUUUGCAACUACGAAGACUUAGAAUCUGGCGAAACGAGCGUCCUAAAUGCAGAAAUCGAUCAAUGUAGUAUGGAUCGAUACAAUGCGAGGAACUCGCAUUCUCCCGACAACUAUCUUACGCUAACAGGUACGAUAAAACGUGGUCGUAAAAAAGGCCAAUCGAUGGACGUCCAGUUGAACAUUUCCCGGGACGAAUUAGAACAGAUAAAUAAGCAGGCACUAGCUGCCCAUGAAGAAGCUUACCGUACAAAAAGAAAUUGCUGUCAAUGUACCAUUCGUGUUGGAAUCCACAUUUUGUUGCUUUCAGUUAUUAGUUUCCCGCUGGUCACAUUGGCCACAAGUAUAUAUUCCUUCUACAUCGGGACUAUUACUUGGUACAACAUGUUCAUCUACUUCAAUGAGGAAAAAACAUACCUUCACAAACUACUGAUGACACCGUUACUAAUAUUGGCAUAUCCUUUGGCGAUUGUUGUUUGCACAAUGGGAUUAGGAUUCUAUGCCGGUAUCAAACAAAUUAGUCUUCAUUUUACAACUUGGGUGAACGAAAUUUGCGAUAUAGAAAAAGGAUUCUACGGAUGGCUAUGUUCUUUUUUGCAUUUAUCCGACUGCAGUCCUUACGAAGUAGUUAUUCUGACUGAUAUUUGCCCUUCGUCUGGACCUGGAAUCGGUGUCGGUAUACCAUUACAAAAUGAAUCCACACAAAUAAAUUCUUCCACCGAGGAACUGUCUUUAUAAAGAACUGAUGCCAUAUUUCAGCUACUGAAAAUAUACAUAUGUAUAAUUUUAUUGUAUUGUUCACUAUGAUUUAACCAUUAUUAUACACUUCCUUUGACACCCUUCUCCUCAAGAUUGAAGGUUCACAGCACAUUAUACAAUCAAUCACUCGUCGCAUAUUCGAGAGGGUUAAAACUGUUAGAUUUAGCAGGAUCGUGUAGCACUAUCCCUACAAUUGCAUUACA